GGGCCCGUGCGUGUCUUGUGAGAGCUCUUGAACCAAGUGAGAGCUCGAGUGUGCUGGGCGGUUGGGAACGGAGGCUGCUGCUGCUGCGGGUGACUCAGGGAGGCGGGGGAGGAGCCCUUCCUGCCGGCGUGGAAACCAUGGUGCUCACGCUCGGAGAAAGUUGGCCAGUAUUGGUGGGCAAGCGAUUCCUCAGUGUGUCCGCGUCCGACGGCGGCCACGACAGCUGGGACGUGGAGCGCGUCGCUGAGUGGCCCUGGCUCUCGGGGACCAUACGAGCUGUUUCUCACCCCGACGUUACCAAGAAGGAUCUGAAGGUGUGUGUGGAGUUUGAUGGUGAAUCUUGGAGGAAGAGAAAAUGGAUAGAUGUCUACAGUCUUCUAAGGAGAGCUUUCUUAGUAGAGCAUAACUUGGUUUUAGCUGAACGAAAGUCACCUGAAAUUUCGGAACAGAUUAUUCAGUGGCCUGCAAUAAUGUACAAACCUCUGUUGGAUAAAGCUGGCUUGGGAUCCAUAACUUCUGUUCGCUUCCUAGGAGAUCAACAGAGCAUAUUUGUUUCCAAAGAUCUUCUGAAGCCUAUCCAGGAUGUAAACAGUCUUCGGCUUUCCCUUACUGAUAAUCAGAUGGUCAGUAAAGAAUUUCAAGCUUUGAUUAUAAAACAUCUAGAUGAAAGCCAUCUCUUACAAGGUGACAAGAACCUAGUUGGUUCAGAAGUAAAAAUUUAUAGCUUGGACCCAUCUACUCAGUGGUUUUCAGCAACUGUUGUAAAUGGAAACCCAGCAUCAAAAACUCUUCAAGUCAACUGUGAGGAGAUUCCAGCACUGAAAAUUGUAGAUCCAGCACUGAUUCAUGUUGAAGUUGUACAUGAUAACUUUGUGACAUGUGGUAGUUCCACAAGAGUUGGAGCUGUAAAACGCAAAUCUUCUGAGAAUAAUGGAAGCAUGGUGUCCAAACAAGCAAAAUCUUGUGCUGAGGCCUCUCCCAGUGCAUGUCCUGUGCAGUCUGUACCCACAACAGUUUUUAAGGAGAUCCUGCUUGGCUGUACUGCAGCAACUCCAUCUAGUAAGGACCCAAGACAGCAGAGUACUCCCCAGGCGGCCAACUCUCCACCUAACCUUGGAGCAAAAACUCCUCAAGGAUGUCAUAAGCAGAGUUUGCCAGAAGAACUUUCUUCCUGUCUAAACACAAAGACAGAAAUACUGAGAACAAAAGCAGAUGUCUGCAAAGCAGGGCUGCUCUCUUCAAAAUCUUCUCAGCUUGGCACUGGAGACUUGAAAGUUCUGAAUGAGCCCCAGGGUAGCUGCAGCCAGCCUAAGGCAAACCCUGAUGAGGAGAAUAGAUUGGAGUCUGGUCUACAGCCAGUGACGGGCCUUCCUAAGGAGUGCUUUCCUGCAGCGGCUUCAUCUAAGACAGAACUGGAAGUUGCUAGGUCGCCUGAACUGCAAAAGCACCUAGAACACAGACCUUCCACAUCUGAUGUCCUUUCAAAUAAGCCAGAAGUGAAAGCAGGUGCCAGCAGCCCUUUUAAUUGUGCAGAAAGAAAGGUAGAACCUUGUAGUUUUGGUUGCCAGUCACAGAAUUUAAAGGAGACUUCAAUAAAAGUAAAUAAUGAAAGCUGUUGUACAAGAAGCAGCAAUAAAAUCCUGAACCCCCCAGCCCGGAAGUCAGUUUUGACAGACCCAGAUAAACUCAAGAAGCUGCAACAGAGUGGCGAGGCCUUCGUUCAGGAUGACUCCUGCGUGAACAUUGUAGCCCAGCUGCCCAAGUGCCGGGAGUGUCGCCUGGAUAGCCUGCGCAAGGAUAAGGAGCUGCAGAAGGACUCCCCCGUGUUCUGCCGCUUCUUUCACUUCAGAAGGUUAAAAUUCAAUAAACAUGGUGUAUUACGUGUAGAAGGCUUCUUAACACCAAACAAGUAUGACAGUGAAGCAAUUGGCUUGUGGCUACCUUUGACCAAAAAUGUUACAGGAACUGAUUUGGACACAGCAAAAUAUAUCUUGGCCAACAUUGGAGACCACUUCUGUCAAAUGGUGAUUUCUGAAAAGGAAGCUAUGUCAACUAUUGAGCCACACAGGCAAGUUGCUUGGAAGCGGGCUGUCAAAGGUGUUCGAGAAAUGUGUGAUGUGUGUGACACCACGAUCUUCAACCUGCACUGGGUGUGCCCUCGGUGUGGGUUUGGAGUGUGUGUGGAUUGCUACCGAAUGAAGAAGAAGAACUGCCAACAGGGUGCCGCCUACAAGACUUUUGCUUGGCUAAGGUGUGUGAAGAGUCAGAUACAUGAACCUGAGAACCUAAUGCCCACGCAGAUCAUUCCUGGCAAAGCACUGUAUGAUGUUGGAGACAUUGUGCAUUCUGUAAGAGUAAAAUGGGGAAUAAAGGCAAAUUGUCCCUGCUCAAACAGGCAAUUCAAACUCUUUUCAAAACCAGUCUCAAAGGAAGACCUGAAACAGACAUCCUUAGCUGGAGAAAAACCGACUCUUGGGCCCAUGCUGCAGCAGAGUCCGACAGUGCUGGAGCCCACGGCUGUGGGUGGAGAAGCAGCAUCCAAGCCAGCCAGCAGUGUGAAGCUGGCAUGUCCAGCUAGCACGUCACCCUUAAACUGGCUGGCUGACCUGACCAGCGGGAAUGUCAAUAAAGAAAACAAAGAAAAACAGCCAACAAUGCCAAUUUUAAAGAAUGAAAUAAAAUGCCUUCCACCUCUUCCCCCUCUGAGCAAAUCCACCACAGUCCUCCACACCUUCAACAGCACAAUUUUGACACCUGUUAGCAACAAUUCUGGUUUCCUCCGAAAUCUUCUGAACUCUUCUACAGGAAAGACAGAAAAUGGGCUCAAAAACACACCCAAAAUCCUUGAUGACAUCUUUGCCUCUUUGGUGCAAAACAAGACUUCCUCUGAGUUACCUAAGAAGCCUCAAGGACUGACGAUCAAGCCCAGCAUUCUGGGCUUUGACACUCCGCAUUACUGGCUGUGUGAUAAUCGCUUGCUGUGCUUGCAAGAUCCUAACAACAAGAGCAACUGGAAUGUGUUUAGGGAAUGCUGGAAACAAGGCCAGCCAGUGAUGGUGUCAGGAGUACAUCAUAAAUUGAACACUGAACUUUGGAAACCUGAAUCCUUCAGGAAAGAGUUUGGUGAGCAGGAAGUGGACCUGGUUAAUUGCAGGACCAAUGAAAUCAUCACAGGAGCCACAGUAGGAGACUUCUGGGAUGGAUUUGAAGAUGUUCCUAAUCGUUUAAAAAAUGAAAAAGAACCAAUGGUAUUGAAACUUAAGGACUGGCCACCAGGAGAAGAUUUUAGAGAUAUGAUGCCCUCUAGAUUUGAUGAUCUCAUGGCCAACAUUCCAUUGCCCGAGUACACGAGGCGAGAUGGCAAACUGAACUUGGCCUCUAGACUGCCAAACUACUUUGUUCGGCCAGAUCUGGGUCCCAAGAUGUACAAUGCUUACGGCUUAAUCACUCCAGAAGAUCGGAAAUAUGGAACAACAAAUCUUCACUUAGAUGUAUCUGAUGCAGCCAAUGUCAUGGUUUAUGUGGGAAUUCCCAAAGGGCAGUGCGAGCAAGAAGAAGAAGUCCUCAGAACCAUCCAAGAUGGAGAUUCUGAUGAGCUUACAAUAAAACGAUUUAUUGAAGGAAAGGAGAAACCUGGAGCCCUCUGGCACAUAUAUGCUGCUAAGGACACAGAAAAGAUAAGAGAAUUCCUUAAAAAGGUAUCAGAGGAGCAGGGCCAAGAAAACCCUGCAGACCAUGACCCUAUUCAUGACCAGAGCUGGUAUUUGGACCGGUCACUAAGAAAGCGCCUUCAUCAAGAAUAUGGAGUUCAAGGCUGGGCUAUUGUACAGUUUCUUGGGGAUGUGGUGUUUAUCCCAGCAGGAGCUCCACAUCAGGUUCAUAAUUUAUAUAGCUGUAUCAAAGUGGCUGAAGACUUUGUGUCUCCAGAGCAUGUUAAACACUGCUUCUGGCUUACUCAGGAAUUUCGUUAUCUGUCACAGACUCAUACCAACCAUGAAGAUAAAUUGCAGGUGAAGAAUGUUAUCUACCAUGCAGUGAAAGAUGCAGUUGCUAUGCUGAAAGCCAGUGAAUCUAAUUUGGGCAAAUUUUAAUCCCUCCCUGCACAUUGGAAAUGAAUCAUUGGCAGCUGUUCAAACUCUUCAGGCAGGAUUCCUGUGGACUUUGAGAUUUCAUGUUACCUCAUCUUCUUUUUUAAACUCUACCCGACUUGUGAGGGUACUCUGCUAAUGUAUAUUUUUAGUGUUUACAGACACUAAGUGUGUAUAUGUCGGAACUAUUUACAGACCAUGCAUCCUUAUACUGUGACUUCUCACUUAGUGCAGAUCUUUAUCAAGCUGUCAAAACAAAAACCUCUUAGCAGCUCUGGAACAAUACCUUCAGUUAUUCCCCAGCUGUUUGUUUAGACAGCCUUAGUCAAAUGGGUUUAUAACUUAAUAGGAAUAUGACAUGGUUUAAUUGGAUUUUAUUUUGUCUUAUGUCUGUCCUAGCACCCUCCCUUCCUAUUAGGGCAGAAGAGCAGUGGAGGAAGUGGCAGCCGAUGAUGCAGUUCUUCAUGUAAUACAGAGGACUGCCAUCACAGAGCAGAAGCCAACUACUGUACAAUUCUUUGGGGUUAACCAUCUGUAGUUAAAUGAAAUUUUAAUUUAACUUUAAUGAGCUUUGCUAAUUUUAAGUGUUAAGCAUUUUGCAUUAAAAUAUUCAUAUAAUA